AUUUCUUAAACCCUCACUCCCUGGUCAUAAUCAUUAUAUCAAAAACCCUAAAACCCCAUUUCUCUCAUGGCUCUUUCAAAACCCAUUUUCAUCAAUCACUUAAAAACCCUUCUCAAAUCUCACCACCAUUUCCGUCCAAUCACCAUCCCUCUCCGCCACCUCUCUUUCGCCACACCUGAAGACGCCGCCGCCGAACGCCGCCGCCGUAAACGCCGUCUCCGUAUCGAACCACCACUCAAUGCUCUCCGUUCCAACACCCAAUCCCAAUCCCCAUCCCCUCGCCCUUCCCCUGCUCAAAACCCUAACCCUAAUGCCCCCAAAAUCCCCGAACACGUUUCCGCUUUAUCCGGAAACCGGCUUAAUCUACACAACAGAAUCUUGAAACUGAUCCGUGAAAAUGAUCUCCAAGAAGCUGUUUUGUUGACUCGGCAUUCGGUUUAUUCGAACUGUAAGCCGACUAUUUUUACUUGUAAUGCUGUUAUGAAUGGUUGUUUACGACAGGCGAAAUACGCCGAACUUUUGAAUUUACAUAGGUUCAUUACCCAGGCUGCAAUUGCUGCUAAUGUGGUUACUUAUAAUCUUGUGAUUAGUACUUAUAUGGAAUGUAAAAAAACCGAUACUGCAAUGGAGCAUUAUAAACAGUUGAUUGAAAAUGCCCCGUUUGAUCCGAAUGUUAGUACUUUUAGGAUUGUGGUUAAAGGGUUGGUUGAUAAUGGGAAAUUGGAUAAAGGGUUGGAGAUUAAAGAUGAGAUGUUAGGAAAAGGGGUUGAUCCCGACCCGGUUGUGUAUAGUUAUUUGAUGUCGGGGUAUGCUAAGAACGGUAACCAUGAUGGAAUUUUCGAGCUUUUUGAGGAGUUGAAAGAGAAAGUUGGUGGCUUUGUGGAAAACGGGGUUGUUUAUGGGAGUGUUAUGAAUGGGUAUUUCUUGAAAGGAAUGGAGAAGGAGGCGAUGGAGUGUUUUGAAGAAGUUAUGGGUGAGGGUUCGAAGGUUAAAAUGAGUGCCAUUGCGUAUAAUUCGGUUUUGGAUGCUUUGUUUAAGAAUGGGAAGUUUGACGAGGCGGUUAAGUUGUUUGAUAGAAUGUUGGAAGAACAUAGCCCGCCUAAGGUGUUGGCGGUUAAUUUAGGGAGUUAUAAUGUGGUGGUGGAUGGGUAUUGUGCCGAGAAGAGGUUUGAUGAUGCGGUUAACGUGUUUAACAGUAUGUGGGAGAAACGGUGUCAUCCUGAUACUCUUUCGUAUAAUAAUUUGAUUGAUCAGUUGUGUGAGAAUGGGAUGUUGGGUAAAGCGGAGGAAGUUUAUAAUGGUAUGAGUGAGAAAGGGGUGAGUCCGGAUGAGUAUACUUUUGUUGUGUUGAUGGAUACUUGCUUUAAAGAAGAUCGCCCUGAUGAUGCAGCUGCAUAUUUCAAGACUAUGGUUGAAGCUAAACUGAGGCCGAAUCUAGGAGUUUAUAAUCGGUUGAUUGAUGGGUUGGUAAAAGUUGGGAAGAUUGACGAGGCAAAAUCGUUUUUUGAUAUGAUGGUGCCGAAGCUGAGGAUGGAUGAUGAUAGUUAUAAGUUUAUAAUGAAAGCAUUAUUUGAUAUUAAGAAACAUGAUGAAGUUCUCGAGACUAUUGGUAAGAUGUUGAGGGAGGAUCCUUUGGAUUUUUCUGAUGAGUUGCAGGAGUUUGUAAGAGAGGAGCUUAGCAAAGAAGAAAGAGAGGAAGAUUUGGUGCAGUUGAUGGCAGAUAUUGAGCGAGAAAAGGCAGAGGCUGCUGCUAAAGCAGCUGAAGAAGCAGAGAGAGCGAAAGCUAGUGCACGAGCUGCUGUUUCUUCUUUGUUGCCGUCUAAGCUUUUUGGUAAUAAAGAUGAGGCAGAGAACGAGAAUGAUGAUGAGAAUGGUGAUCAGAAGGAUGUAGCAGAUGGUGAGGUGGUGGAAGAGAAUGAUGCAUCGUCCAGGUAAUUCAUAAAUAUUUCAACGUUGGUUCUAGUAAGUAAGGAGUUAGAAGAUGCUGGAACUAAUUAAAUUCUUUGUUAGCUGCAUUUUAUGUUAUAAGAUGAAUUCAUGAAGGCAAUGUUUGGAUAUUGCUAUGUGACUCCAAUGGUAUUCAUCUGUAAUAAAACAGACUAUAGUAAAUAGUUUCUGAAUA